AUGGCUGAAGUCGCUCCCGCUCCCGCAGCCGCGCCGACCAAUGCGCCCAAGAAGAAGGCAGCUUCGAGGACCAAGAAAACAGGUCCUAGCGUCGGCGAGCUCAUCGUCAAAGCGGUUUCCUUAUCUAAGGAGAGGAGGGGCGUGUCUCUUGCUGCCCCGAAGAAAGCUUUGCCUGCCGGCGGAUAUGACGUGGAGAAGAACAACUCUCUCGUCAAGCUCGCCGUCAAGAGCCUCGUUACUAAAGGCACUCUGGUGCAGACCAAAGGGACCGGCGUGUCUGGAUCUUUCAAGCUGAACAAGAAGCAGACCGAAGUUAAGAAACCCGCAAAGAAAGCCGCGCCCAAAGCGACAAAGGCGGCUGCCAAAAAGCACGCUGCAGCUAAGAAGCCCAAGAAAGUAGCGGCCAAGAAACCCGCAGCCAAGAAAUCUCCCAAGAAGGCAAAGAAGCCCGUCACUGCCGUCAAGAAAGCCACCAAAAGCCCCAAGAAGGCCAAAAAUCCGGCGACCCCCAAGAAAGCAGCCAAGAGCCCCAAGAGGGCCAAAAAGCCGGCGACCCGCAAGAAGGUAAAGGCUGUAAAGACCAAAGCGGUGAAGGCCAAAAAGGCUCCCAAGAAGAAGUAA